AUGGAAAAGAAGACUAAAGUAGUAAGUAGAAGUGGAUGUGUAAAUAACUGUUUAGUAGAAGAGGAGACACAGUUCGGCAGCGCCUACUCUGCCACACAAAAAGCAUCCACCCUACAGACGGUGUCCCUGGCGGCGUCGCUGCCGGCCGUUGGCUUUGACAUUCAUAGAGCCUGUGUAUACAGAAAAGGUCAGAAAGGAAGAUACUCGUAGACACAACAAAACGAAAACAAUCAGUUUGAUGUCACUUAAAAAAGUAUUAGGGAAUUCCGUUCUUCAAAUUAAACUACUGAAGUUUCGCGCCAAAAAAAAAAGCAUCGAGACAGUUAAGUAAGAACGAAUACGUUCAUUAGUUUAAUUCAACGAUAGCUUACGAAACGGUCGAAUCAAACAUUAUGCAAGUAACGCGAUGUUGCUUUUGAUUCUUUGCGGCAGGUAAGGCCGGUGACAGGCCAGUGGGGCGUUUGCCAGCAUUGUGUGGCAGACAAGCGCUAGAGUUGGCGCACAGUACACAAGGUAGGGUUAGGUGUCAGGGGUGUCCAACCUGUCUCCGUCCUGCGAGCCUUCCCCAUCACUGGAAGCGCUCGACCCCUGCUUGACAAGGAUGCGAACCUCGUCGGGCAAAACCUCUUCGCUUCUGUGGACGGUAAACGAAGUUUUGCCUUUGCGCCCGAAACCUAACCUACGUUUGCGACCUGCAUCCGGGGUGCCGGUCACGAGUAGAGAGUAGAGUUGUUUGUAGUAGUAGCAGUAGUAAGUAGAGUAGCAGUAGUAGUAGGUAGUAGUUGGUAGUAGUUUUUGUUGCAUUUGGAGAGAAAAAGAGAGACCAAAAAUUAUACAGAAAUCAAUUCAAAUAUAAUCAACAUAGGGUAUACAUAAACUGAAAAUAUAUCACCAUUAUUACUGCUACAAAGUAGAGAAGUUAUUUUUGAUUGUUGCAAAAACUGAUGAAGAAAAACACUCAAAACACACAGCAAAUUACCACAAUGAGAUAUUUUUAAGAAGUAUUCCUUUGCUUUAAAGUAAGUAGGUACUUAUUAUUAUUUAAGGGAGGGAGAUCAAUAAUUUUGCUUUUAUGCUAUGUGACAAAUGUAGAGAAACAAAUUGUUCAUAAAUGACAUUUAGGACAUGGUACUGACUUUUCUUUAGCAAAGAAGCACUUCCAAUGCAUUAAAAGAGAAAUACAAAUUUGGGUUAGUAGCCAAUUUUAACUUAUUACUAGUUGAUCCAUACAGAGCAACCAAGAGAGCAGUAUAAUACAACUAACACAAACAAAGUAACACAUACAUACACUUGAAACCCAUCACCACAUCAGCUUCAAGAGACAAGAUUCUCUUCAACUAAUAGAGAAACAAAACAAACAUACCUGUCACACGACAAUACCAACAACCAACAAAGAAAUGAAAGAACAAACAGGGUACA